CCACCCCCGGAGCCCGGCCCUGCCGCCAGCCCUGCGCUCCGCCAGCCGCCCCUGCGCAUCGCCACGGCCACAGCCCCGCAACAUGAAGGCGCUGCUGCUCGCCGUGCUGGCCGCGGUGCUCUGCGUGGAGAGAGCCCACACACUCAUCUGCUUCUCGUGCUCUGAUGCCUCCUCCAACUGGGCCUGCCUGAAGCCUGUCAAGUGUGGGGAGAAUGAGAACCACUGUGUGACGACGUACGUGGGAGUGGGACUCGGUGGCAAAUCCGGCCAGUCCAUCUCCAAGGGCUGCUCCCCCAUCUGCCCCAGCGCCGGCAUCAACCUGGGCAUCGCGGCCGCCUCCGUGUACUGCUGCGACUCCUUCCUGUGCAACAUCAGCGGUUCCAGCGGCCUCCGGGCCAGUUCCACCCUCCUGGCCCUGGGAAUCCUCGUCAGCCUCUUCUACGUCCUGCGGGCCCGGGAGUGACGGGGAGGGGGGUGUUGGCCGAGGAAGAGCCGCCUCCCCGAGGCUCCCCCCCAGCCGUGGGUGUCUCGCUGGCCACCGUUCUCCUCUCUUGGUGUCUGCAAGGAGAUCUUCCACUUCCCAGCGGGCUCCUGAGGCCGUGGUUUCCCAGACUUUUCUGCUCUUCCAAGCGUCGGAGCCGUGGGCUGGUCUCUCUUUCCCUGUCUCUCUCUCUCUCUCUCUCUCAAUCUCUCUCUCUUUUCUUCCUGUGGACAAACCCUCGCUGCGCCCUCGCGCCUCCUUGGCGAAGGUGGAUGGUUUUGGAAGGGUUUUUUUUCGGCUUUUCUACCUAAUAAAUAACCUCCC